UAUGUGUAUGUAUAUAUAUGUAUAUAAAAAGAUCAACUGUGGACCAAGGUAUAUUUGUCAUUUUCAGUCUGAGAUGGCCAGCUCUGAUGACAGUGGUGUCUUGUUUCAUGUGGGUAAGUGAUGCUGAGCACUGUUCUUCUUCAUUACAGUCCAGAAUGGAGCCAACAGAGCAGCCGGGUCCAGACUCUCAGGAGGUCAACCCUGUGUUCCUGCAGCAGCUCCGGGAACUGGACAUCCCAGAGGAGGCCGCCAAACAGGCACUUCUACACACACGGAACGUGUCUGCCGAGGAGGCGGCAAUGUACUACUUCAACAAGCUGGAGAAUGAGGAGGAGGGAGACGAUGACCUCGUGUUCAAGAUGGUGUUUGUGGUGAACAUGGACCUCGCCAUGGGUGUUGGAAAGGUGGCGGCCCAGGUGGGCCACGCUGCUGUGGGUCUGUACCAGGCUCUACAGGAGAAGAACAGCUGGAGGGAGAUGGCCUGGAAGUGGGACCACAGUGGAGCCAAGAAGGUGGUGGUCCAGGGCACCAAUGUGGCUCAUCUACUGGAGCUGCAGGCCCUGGCCAUGAGCCUCAGCCUGCCCACCUACCUGGUGCAGCAUGCAGGGAUGACCCAGGUGGAGGCCGGGUCCCGCACUGUGUUGGCCAUCAUGGGCGAGGAGGAGAUGGUGAACAACAUCACUGGGAGUCUGAAGCUGCUCUGAGGGGCUCAACCCCACUGGGGGGGAAGGCAUUGCUCUGCAGUGCCACCGUGCAUCCAGCAGAGGGCAGCGUUUCCCAGCGGCAGGCAGAGUCUUGGCACGCAAGCUUGUAACAACCUUUAAAAAAAAAAAAAAAAAGACCUAAAGAACAAGGGAAAACGAGACAUGUCCCAACACCAGAAAACACACACCCUCAGCCAUUUGUUUCCCUUUCAUUCUUUGUCUGAGCCGCUUAGUCGGCCGUUAAGAGCAGGAGGGGAGACCAGUGGUUCACAGGGGAACGGGGCAAAGGCAGUGGCUUUAUUUUUUCUGGUGACCUUUUUCAAUCAGGCCACCUACUUAGAGGAGAGUCUUAAGAUUAGAAUCCUAAUCAAGCUUCAAACACAUCUAGUCUGUGGUCCAGUUUCAGAUAUGGCAAAGUAAAAUCAUGUAUUUUUGGUGGCUGACCAAUAUUGUAAUCAUGCUUAUUCAAGGGGCAGUGUACUGUAGAAUAAUGCAUCAUGUCAUUAUAAUUAGCAUAGCAGAUGUAGUAUUUACCCAUUUGAUUCACUACUCCUGAGUGAAGAGUAACUUAUUAACUCAUAAUGCGUGAACACUCAUUUUUAAUGUUUAAAUGAUUUUGUGUCUAACUAUUCUCCCAAAGAUCCCUCUCCUAUAGAAUCAAUGACAUUACUCAUUAUUGAUCAAUGGCUACAUUUUGAAUACAUUAUGCCAUAUAAUGUAUAAUCUGUGUUGUGCCAUCCUAAACAGUAUGCACAGUUACUGGACUUUGUUAUAUUGUUUUUCUUUUCUUUGUGUAAAAAGAAGAAAAUCCUCCAUUUCUUUGACUUAUUGGUAGAGUUUGACGGUGGGCGAGAAGUUGUGUGGAUCCAAAAUGUCAUGUAGUAAAGCUGUGUGCGGGCCCAACUUUAUGCACUCUGACUGCCUGUGGUGGAUAGUUUACACUUUUAAAGUUGGUCAAUUUACAGCUCGACAGAUACUUGUGUGUGUGUGUAUAGCAAUUCUUCUGGACCUGGUGAAUAGUGGUGCGCACUAAUAAUCUUAAUACACACAGAAGGAUGUGUGAGCUGUUGUGUCUAUGUUCUCACUACAAAUAUUUGUGGGCAUGAGCUGCCUCUCCCAGAAGUCUUAGCUUAUUGUCAAAGAUUUUAUUUGUAACAAAAAUCUUUAGAAAAAAAAAAGACUGGCAGUGGCAUGCACGCAAUAUGAAAUGUACAUUUUAACAGUCGGAAUCCCAAAGUUAUGUCAAUUUUAGUAACAUGUCCUCACUUUGAUACCUCCUAUGUUAUACAGUCAUUUAUGUGAGUGUUUCAGACUAUGGAGACAAUUAAAAAUGCCUCCAGAUUAAAUAACGAGCAUCUUGAAUCGUGUUUUUACCCCCCACACACACGCCCCACACUCACACACGAGAGAGAUUUGCUGGCAGUGGACGCAUUGUGGGGGAUGGGUUGAACGCAGCCAUAUUGCAGUGCGUGGUUAUAGCACUGGCCAUAUGACAUCGUUUUUUCACCGCAAUAACAAUGGCAGUAUAGUGAAUUAUGGCCGCUUCCUGCCAUGGGAGUCCGGCUGAGGGACGUGUAAACUGUCCUUCACGUAUCACUCUCAUGACGGUCCGUGGGAAGUGAUUUAACGGAAAACAACCCGAGAAGUUGCCACAAAAACGGACGUGAAAGUGGCGAUUUAUAAGUGAAAUUAUAAGUACCGUCAAACAUGAAGUCAAUGCACUUAUAUGUGACCCUUUCGGCUGCUAUGGGGCGUAACGUUAGCGGUUAUAUAAUUAAUCGACUAAGAAAUGCAUUCUGCCUCGAUUGUGUCGAGCCGUAUCACCGAGUUCACCUUGUAUGUAUCCAUACGCAAAUGCAACAGUCAGUGUGUUUCCUAGUAAUUACUUAUGAAGCUCGGAGUCUUCAUCAAUUGUUUUCUGGAAGCCGCACAUCUGCAACAAUUGCAUUACACUGCUGUCUAAUUCCGUGGCUUGUAAGACCUGUGCAACAAAUGACGUUGGCAUUUAUCACCGCAGCCAAUCAGUCGCCCCCCACAAGUCUCAUGACAGGACAAGAAGCCAAUGGCGUCACUGCGACUAUAUGUUUAUAAACAGAAGUCAAAAUGAUAUACUUGUAUAUUUUUAAAAAUGUUUGUAAAUCCAGUGUGCGGUGGCUAAACCACUGACUUUAAAAUAUUUAACAGGAAACGAGGGCUGCGUGUCAAUUCUCUUCAUCUAACUUCAUCACAGCAAAGGCUGCACUCAAUUCUUUUCGCCCGUUCUUUAAAUACAACUUCCAGUAAUAGUUUUUAUUGAGUAGCUGCUGAUUAGAGGUACUUUCGUUGUGUCGGUCACAUUUUCAGUGUCUGCAAAGUGUGGGAAUAGAAGUAGGAGGGACCAGAAAUAAGUAGAUGCGCCCAGGAGCCCUGGUCAAUUUCCCUGUCCAACCUGGUCCAAUCCCACACCAGUUGCUAGCAGAGUAACACCUCAUACUCCAUUCAUCUGAUACACCGGUAGGUGGGGCUGACCCAGCGGGCUAACCCUGCCUCUGGUGUCCCUGGAACUGGGCCCCAGAGACCCCAUGCAGCUAACGCUUGCUCCUAUCUAUGAAAGCUCCUUCGACGUUAAAUAGAUGAAUAUAACGCUCGAAUAAAAAAACAUUAAUCCCACUAACGAAUUCAAAUGAAUUCCAUGGCAUUCGAAUUUAAUAACGAGCAUUUCCCGGAACCUUUGAAGGUACAGAUCCUUUGUUGGGUGUGAAAUUGUCCCCCGAAUCCAGCCACUCUCUCUUUGCUAUACUCCUUGUACGCCAACAGCACACGCAUAUUAUAAUGUGACUGAAACUUCGCACCCCUCCUCUGAGCAGUGCCCGCCCCGUCUGACGUAGUUGACGGAGAAAAAAAAAUCGAUGCUGUAAUUUAGCUCAGACUUGCAUCUAUCGCGCGUGUGUAAUAUGACUGACACAUUGCUGACGAAUCAUUGGCGAGAGGCGGGACAUCGCAGCAAGGGCCGCCCAAGGAGAGAGCCCCUGCUCUGUCGCCAGGAAAACCCCGUGGCGUGGUUGUGUGUCAGUUUCGCUGGGACCCGCGGUCGAUGCCGGUGAGGAGGGGGAUGGGCGCCUCUGCGAAUGUAAGGACCCGAGACAGAAUCAGAGCCCUGUAUCACAUACAGCAGCAUAUACCCCAUUAUAAAUAGCGAUAGUAUAUAUAAUACACUAAAAUACAUGGAUUUAUCCACCGGGGAUCUAUAAUAGACACUCAAUGGAUGCAGUGCACCUGAACAGGACAGGGAAUUUAACUUUCCGUCUAUGCGUGGGAGACACUGAGAAGUUUGUUUCCUACCCCUGCAGAGGGAGCUACUUUUAAGGGCAAAGGAUACAGGAGACUCCGAGGCCGACCUACAGGCCUACUGGUCUGUUUGGAUUUGAUGUUGGGAUACUCUAAGGACCCACUAUACAUGCGUUUGCCUUGCUUGUUCAAGUUUGGAAUGCCUCUUUAGGUGAGUACUUUUACUUCGUGUUCAUUGUUAAUAUCACCCUCUAUAGAUGGAGGCAGUAACUCAAAUGUUAACAUAAGUAAUGUUAUUACAGACACAUAGUGCUCCAUGUUUUCAGUCAACCAAACAUAGCUAUGAAGCUAACGUUAACCAACUUGGCUUACUACUUAGCGUCCACUUAAGUUUAUUAGAACAAGUUGGUUGAUCUUUCCACUUUAAAGUGACUUGCUUGGCUAAAAGGCUCCAUGUUGAUGGUCUGCCUUGCAGGGCUGCUCUUAGCUGUGUCUGGACUGAUCUUCCAUGACUUUUUGAUCAGCUCCUUGUGUUGAUUUUUUGGUAGCUAGCUUGUAAAUCUGGGAAUUCAUCACAUUACUAGUUUAUAAAAGCGAACAUUACAACAUUAUUUCAAGCAACCGUGUCCCAAAAGCUCUCAACACCAUUAUCCAAGUUUCCAAGAGUUUGACUCGUGUAACGUUUAGUCCAUUAAGGGUGCCCUCAGUUCAGUUUUUAUCUCAGUUUUCAUACCAGGAAUGAUCCAGUAAUACAUGGCUAUGGCUUUAAAGUACCAAUUAGAUAUAUUGUGUUUUGACCACAGCCCACUAAGCUACAAAUUGAAGUAACGUUUAAUAAAUCCACCUUGGGUUUGUUAAGCAAGUUUCUCUAAUGUGUUUCCGCAGAGGCUUGAUAUUCCCUAACGUUACAAAGUCAAAACAACACCACCAGCACAUUAUAGGGACUUCAUUCGCGUUUGUUGCACAGUUAUUAGGUUGAAUUGAUAGAAUAACGUUGGACCUGCAUACCAGCUCUUGGGCAAGGAAGUUCAGACUCAGACCGCGUAAGGUAAAAUGCAAACUUGUUUUGUUCGAACCAAAACAUGUAUUUGGCUCUGCUCUUUUGACAGCAAUGUAUUGAGUGUUGUUCUGGGACCACAAAACUGUCGAAUUUUGUAAAAGUUAUCCAUGACACAACUUGCAAUUUGAUAAUUAUUUGCGACUCCUGUUAGCCAAGCAACCAGCUGCUGUGUUGGUGAACGUUAGCAGACGAGCCAUAGGCAACAAAUGCUAUACUAGCCUUUAAGCUAACUUUCUGGAUGUUUUCCAGUUGAUUGUGUCCUUAUUGUGAACCAGUGCUUUGGCACACACUCGGUGGACCUUCAGCGUUACCUCUGCAUGUAACGACGUAUUUAUAAGAUAUUGCAGUAGGUUUCUGGACUAAUAUGUUUAGUUUUAUGAAAAAUAUGGUUUGUAUCAUGGUGGUGUUUGGCUACAUCAUGUUAAUGCAUUUGUCUUCCUGCAAUGCAUUCCUAACUUCGCUCUGGCGUGUGAAUCAAGCUGAAAGCUAGGUUGUGCUUGUGUUUUUUUUCCCUAUUUCCCUUUCCGUGCGUGUGUGUGUGUGUGUGUGUGUGUACGCACGCACGCAGCAAUCAGAAAAGCAGAUCUGUUGGGUAGUGACUUGCUCUUCUUCACCUCCCCCACCUACCAACCCCCAGCCUCGGUGGCGGUUAAGAGAAAUGAGUGGUAUUUUAGAGGGGAGCUCUUGUUUCCUUUUUUAGCCUCCAUUUUUGAUCUCAACGUGUGAGUAAGGGCGAGUAGCAUUGUUGAGUCGGAAUGCAGCAGUCACAAGUUUCGACCAAGUUAGAGACCUCGCAGCUGCUAUGUUUAUAAAGACCAAUCGGGUCUUUUCUUUAUUAUGAGAGAAAGCUACAUUAUUUCAAGAAUCAAGACUUGGUCUCCAGAUUAAGCUAUGCCAUGUCAUUUUCACGGUGUAGUUGAUAAUCAUUUCCAGGUUAAAUGAAACUAACAUAACUGCGACAAGUGAUACGGGGAAUGCCUAAGAUAUUCAAAUGAGCCUUGCCCUGCGUAUGUUUUUGGUGAGGUUAUUAUUUUUUUCAGGACCCCGCGGUUUCCGAGCACUAAUGGCUGCCCUAACCGUCGCCUAAGUAGCUGUGCUCCACUCAGCUGCACCACGCAGCCUCGCAUUGUGCUGCGCCCCCGAGUCCGGAGCAGUGGACACAGCGAGCACACAGAGAAAGGCGUUAUUUGGCUCUAUUGGACGCGGUUAUGUCAAUUAAUGUGUCACCGGAUGUGUGACGACCUCUCUGCAGGGAUAUUUGUUUCUGACCUGUCUUAACUUCAGCAGGUCGUACUUUAAACGCAUCACUCUUUAUACUCAGCAAACAUCUUUGCUUGAAUUGGAUUGAAUGUUUUGAUAUUACAAAAUCUGGUGUCAUGGUGAAUCGGUCACAGUCAUAUUUAGGUGCUUGGUUGCUCACUAAAAGCACUGCACAAACUAAUCCAGUACAUUCCAACCAAACAUGAUAUUUCAAAAUCCACUUAAUAAGUUGAUUUGAGAUGGAAAAUAAUGUAUUUGUGGCUUCAAGUCGGUGUGUUUUUCCAAUCCGGCGUCGACUUUGCUCCAUGAGUACAAAGAUUACACCUGUGCCCUGCUGGGGCCGUUCAGCCAGCACCAAGUAUUUGGAUUGAUCCUCUUGAUGCCUGUUGGAAGCCAGAUUGCAGCGCACUGAGCCUUGUUUUGAUUGGUUGCGACUGACAUUCUCUGAAUAUGUUUCACAUCUUAUAAUAGACUGUGUGGGCUGCAGCUAGCAAACCUGGCCUCUCGGAACCCAUCGGAAAGACAAGCCCCUCCAGCAUUUCCCCUGACCCUGGCGUGCCUUUUUAAUUCACCCCCUACCCUGGGAAAGCUAAGAAUGAAUUGCUCGGCUGCAUGUUGUUGCUCUGCCUCGGACUGCCCGCCAUGUUUUUUUUUUUUCCAGGCCUCUCAAGCAGCUUCCGAUUAUGUGAGAUACAUGUGUUAGGAGUGUUUAGUUACAACAAUUGGUGAAAGAGCAGCACUGUGCGAGUGGAUCAGUCUGCAGGACGGACCCAGUAGUGGCCUCUGAAAUGUUGGAGAUCUGAGGAAUGUGCAGACAUGCAACGUUGACCUAGCCCAGUUUUUCUUGUUUACUGAGGAAAUAAAGUCUCAUUCACGUUCACACAGUGGUUACAAUCCAAGAAAUGUAAUUGUUGGGUGACGUGCCCUUGAAAACACAUUUAGAAUAUGUGAGCGCUGCGUUCCGAUGUGUGGAUCUUACUGCGUACAAAAUUUAAACUCUGGUGUGUGUGUGCGCACACUAGUACAAGACAGAGUGAAUCAGGAUGUUGGCCCAUUUCCAAAAGAAGAAGACAGGAUUCUGUCUCGAUGCAGACGGUUGGAGAAGAGGGAGCAGGGGGUGUUGCUGUCAGGAAUAGGAAUGGGGGGGCUGUCCUUUUAGCUUCCAUUUGCAUGCUGAUGCCGCUCUAUCAUUACAUGGAGGGCAGGUGUAGCUAUUGAUAUGUUAAUGAGGUUUGCGUGUGUUGUGCCUAUGUGACCAAGUCAACCAAGCCAGUGUUGUUAAUCUAUGGAAGCAGAAAUAUCAAAUACAAUACAAACAGUGAGAAGCACUUGUUUGCAUUUUGUCUCUAGAAUGUUGUUCGACUACACUGCAUUUUAUUAGCAACUGAAGCUCGUCUUGUUUCCUUAAGUUAAGCCCUGAGAAAUAUUAAAAUGUUUAUUCACAUCUAUACGUGUAUAUUUUUUUAUUUACUUUGCAUAUGAAAAGUAAUGCUUUUUAGAUUUAUAUCCUGUCCAUGUUUUCCCCCAAUUCCUUCUGUUGUGUGAGAGUCAGCCACGAGAUGCUUCCUGCCUUUGCUUUUUAAUUUCGGGGACAUAUGCAUCACUGGUCCAUCCAGCUUCCCCUCUCUCUGCGUCUCCCCCUCUGCAGCUGCCCGUCUGUUGUGUGUGGCUCGCUGUCUUGCACAACGGGGUUAAAAACAAGUCGCUCCGACGCCUGCCUCACCGCCGCAUUGCUAUUGGUGCAGGAGCUCUGGAGCUGCUCCAAUGGGGCGCAGCAUUUCCUUCUGCGUUGGGGGAGCGGUGUUGCAGAGGGUUGUGCUGGUUAAUUCUGUUUCGUGCCGAGAAGCAAUGCUUCUUGGGAGAAUAAUGGAGGAGGAGGAGGCGGCUCGGGGAGAAAAAAAAACAAGGCCGAAAAGGGGGGGUGAGGCAGGCAAUCUACGUAAUCAUCUCUUUCUCUCGCUCUCGCUCUCUUGUUUUAUUGCACCCUUAUGUUUUGUCCUUCAUUUCCUUUUCUUUCUCUCACUGUCGCGCUGCCUUUCUUGUGAUUCUUGGCCGAUCGUGUAGCAGGAAAAAAAAAAGCUCACCAAUAUUCCGAGUUGUCCGUCCACCUUUAGAACUGCGGGCAGACAUUUUAGGCUUCACCACAUUAACCCUCCUCUCUCUUUCCCUUCCCACCCUUUCCUCUGGUCCCACUUGUUUCUUUCUUUCAUGCAGCCUAACCAAGGAGUGCAAAUAAUGAUUAAAUGAUUCAAAUACUUUGUGUGAGGUGAAACCUAGGUUGCAAAAUCUACAAGCACAUUUCCAAUUGUGUUUGCUCAGAGGGUGUUGUCAGGCAGAGAGAGAGAGAGACGGAGAGAAUAAGGAGCAGGGCAGAAGAAAAACAACCAAGAAGAGCAUUUGCACCAAAGUCAAGCCACUCGACAUCAACCCGCUCACAGCUGCCCUGUUUUGUAAUGCACAAGGAAACGAACGGCCGGUGCCAGUUUUUUUCCAGUUCACAAGGGCCUUGUUCUGUCACCUUGAGCAAAUGGUUCCUGUCGGGCAGAGUGAGGUGGGAGGAUUCACACACACAAACACACUUCUCCUCAAGACGUUGAGGAUGUAGGUUUGCUGGAUUCAUAUUGAAUGUGAAAGAGUGAGUGGGACAAUUAAAGUCCUUCAGCAGUUCAAAAUGGCUGCAGUGAUUUGACUCCGUGUGACACCUCGCAAUCUUGCGUCGUGCUGCAAAUGUUGUUUUUUCAAGGUGGAGCCAGGGCAUGCCCUCGUGUUGCUCUGGAUAAGACUAAAGUCGUCCAAAAGAGGAAAUGGAAAUUUCAUGCAAAUGUAUUUGUCAUGCAGUGAGAUCAUGUGUGAGAAACAAAGGGUGUCUCUGGUUCAUGUUAUGCCAAAGCAUGAGCUCAUCUAACAUCAAGAUGGCUGUUUUGGCCUUCGUGCCCUAUGCGAUAACGCUACUUAGAAAA